AUGUUUCAAUCUCCGCGCAUUCGUUCUCCAAGAAAUGCAACGACAGCUCGUGUAAGGAAAGUUAAAGUUUGCAAGCUUGAUUUUCCAGAGGAUACUGCCGUAGAAUGCAAAUACAAUUCAAAGAUCGAAGAUUUCAUGGUUAAUGCUCGUGAAGCCCUUGACUUGAAGAGAAAGCCCACACAGCUUUUCGAUCAAAACAUGAAUCGUAUUACUUCAAUGAAAAACCUUCCUGAAGAAAUAAUAAUAUAUGUAAGUUGCGCUAAGCUUCCAGUAGACGAAUCCACGCAACCAUUAUAUAAAAUUCGCACUCCAGCUCCUACCCGACCAACAAUUGUUCUCCCUCUUGUUGAGCAAGAAGUUAGAACAAAACCACAUGCUCAAAAUAUAGCCGAGCAUCAAGCAAUUGCAGCCUCACCAAACACAGUUCGAGAAAAUAUGAUAGAUUCUCUUCUUUCAGUUUAUACUACAUUAUCUCCAGAAGCUAAAGCUCAACUUCCAGAAUCUGACGCUUUAACCAAACUUCUAAAUGAGAGACAGUCUUAUCUCUUCCAAGAUUCAUUAGUAGCAGAACUUAUCUCUCCAACAACAGAUAUUCAUGAUGAUCCAAAUUCGCAAAUUAUGUACAAUUAUAUUAUCGAAAAAGUCAAAGGUUUCAAGGCAGAAGAUUUCAAAUUCGCUAUUACUGGACCAAUGCAAUCAGGCAAGACUACAGCUCUUUCAAUGGCAGCUACAGUUUUCUUCCUAAAGGCUCAAAUUGCUCAUGACCUUCAGAAAUAUCUCAUUGUCCCAAUAAACUUCUUACAACAUGAAUUAGAAAUUACAGAUUUCAACAAAAUUUUGACAUUCAUGGCUGUUCCGACAUUCAGAGCCCUUAAGAUUCAUCGUCCAGACUUUGCUCCAUACAUCCCAUUGCUUCAGCAGUGGUUUUUAUCCCUCACAGCUGUUGCUCUUCCAACAUUUCCUCCUCAGAUUUCUCCUAACGACUCUCUUUUACGUUCAAACCUCACUGCAUUAGGUACAAAGAUCCACAAAAUCUGGAACACUCCAUCAGGCCUUAAAGAUUACGUCGAUAUUUGUAUGAAAUUCCCUAAUGAAAUUGCUAUCAUUUUCGGAUUCCAAUCAGCUGUCGCUGUUUACGAUCACUUCGAGCACUGCGCUGCAGCACUACUCUCAUCCGAGCAAUUUUCUGCUUCCGAGGGCAUGGUUUCCAUUCCAGUUUCCAUUUGUAAGUCUCUUACCUCUAUUCCAUUCAUUGUCGCAUCGCAUCAGGAUGAUGAGUUCUACAAAUACUUCACAUGCGACUACGUAAAUCUUUCCACACUCCGCAUUGCAGAAGCUCCAAAGGCCAAAAUCCAACUUGAAGACCCCGUCUUCACUGUUAAAGGUGAUAUAUGUCUUGGUUGCCCAGCAUAUAUCUCUGCAUACAACAAGCUUUGCUCAAACAUUCAGCUCAUGAACGAUAAGAGCCCUGGAAAGGCUUUCGCAAAGAUAAGAACUGUUGCUGAUAUAUCCAGAAGAGAAGAUGUCAGAGAAGAAGUUUUGAGAUUCUUGACAAUGUUCGAUGCUGAUGACGUCAACGAUGAUCCGGAUAUUGUUGUCAAUGUCCUCAAUGGAAUUCAGAAUACAGAAUAUUUUGCUGCAACUGUACAAUGA